GGAAGUGGUCGGGUCUCGAGGAGGGCCGCGAGGUACAAGCCCGAUAUCUGGUGAAACAAGGUGAUCUGCCAUGCUUGUACGCCUAUCUACAUGACGAGGCAGCGGCUCGAGCCGCAAUGUCGACGUCGCCCGGGAAGCUGCCCUCGGCCAGGACGCUUUGCCUCGACGCCCUCAUCGAAGGCGCGGCAGCACGCCUCCGAAGCGCUCCGCGUCGAAGAGGAGGUUUGGGCCCAGGUGGCCGCCGGGACUAACAGCCAGCCGGCCGUGAGGGCCAUCUCCAUCUACGACCUCGACGACGUCGGCCGCGCGCUGGCCAGGAUGAAGGACCUCGAACGGAGCACCACCACGGGCCAGGUAGACGCGCCUGGACUACUUAAGCGUGGUGGAUUACGGCGGAGACGUGGAACCCCAAAGCUCACGCUAAGCUUGUAAGCCUUACAGUACUCAUUGUAAAAACUCUCCAUGGUCGUCCUCGUUACGCAGCCUCACCAAAAGGCUGAAUGAAGCAGUGCGCCC